AUGAAGCUGCGCGGUAAGAUCCCUCUACUCGUGUCGGGGCUCUUCUAUCUACUCGGGCGAUGCACUACAGCAUCCCCCAGAGCAGCAGACCUCAAACCGGAUCAUACACUAUCGUUAACGGAACAAGAGAUCAAGAUAAACUGCAAAGAGCGGAAAUCUGUAGUCAUAGAAGGGACGGUGCCGGGGCCGCAAAUCACUUUGCAGGAGGGCAAGACUACUUGGAUCCGAGUCAAGAAUGACACACCUGAUAAGAAAGUCACCAUGCAUUGGCACGGCCUGUCCAUGCGAACGGCGCCUUUCUCGGACGGGGUUCCCAUGGUGUCGCAGUGGCCCAUCGAACCAGGGCAGUGGUUCGACUACGAAAUACGUCCGGAAGCAGGCGACGCCGGAACAUACUUCUAUCACUCCCAUGUCGGCUUUCAGGCUAAUACGGCGUAUGGGCUCCUGAUUGUUAACGGCGCAGAGGCCCACGAGUACUACGACGAGCGCGCCAUCGUGCUAGCCGAUUAUUAUCCCCAGCCAGACGAUGAGAUCGAGGAAGGGCUCCGGGCGAAUCCUUUUAAAUGGCCCGGAGAGUCACAAGCUGUAGUUUUCAAUGGACAGUCCGGCACAGCAUCGUUCGACGAUGACAGCGACGGUUCUUGCAAGCCCCACGUUAUAGAGGUCGAGCCGGGUAAAACGUAUCGACUGCGCUUCGUCGGAGGCACCGCGAUAUCCUUCGUCACAUUAGGAAUUGAAGACCACAAGAAGCUUACCAUCAUAGAAGCGGAUGGACAGGCCACCGAGAAGGCGGAGACCGACCACAUGCAGCUCGGCAGUGGCCAGAGGUACAGCGCACUGCUGGAGACGAAACCCGAGCGUAACCUCAACGGCAAGUGUGAGUAUUGGAUACGGUAUGAGACGCGAGAAAGACCGACAGAGGCCAGCGGCUACGCGCUCCUGCGGUACAAGUCGGAUAAGUGUGACGACUCUGAGAAGAAGCUUCCCGAUGAGUCCCCGGUCAAGCUGUCCCGCGACAGAAAACCGUUGACCGAAUGGAUGGAAUACACCCUGACGCCCAAAGAUGGAGGCGACGAUUUCCCCACUCGCGAAGAGGUGACACGGACCGUUUACAUCGAGGUCAAACAGCAUGUGAUUGAUGGGUCGUACGACGGGAGCAUUAACGGGGGAUUCCAAUGGAGCAUGAAUGGCCUUGGAUGGGAUGAGGAAGCUCAAGAGAAAGACAAGUCUGCGCCUUACCUAAUCACUGCCUAUAAUGAAGAGAAGACCCCGGACUACGAUGCCGCACUCAAGAACAAGGGCUGGGACCCCGAAACCAGGGCGUUCCCAGCGCGGGUUGGUGAGGUUCUCGAGAUAGUAUGGCAGUCUAACAGCGGGCCAACAGGAGGCCUAGACUUGCACCCCAUGCACGCUCAUGGCCAACACUACUGGGAUCUAGGUGCUGGAUCUGGUGAGUACGAUGCGAAGAAGAACGACAAGAAGCUCGACGGCUAUAUCCCGAUGAGACGAGACACGACCAUGCUCCACCGCUACGAGGAGAAGACAAAACCCAACACCGUGAACGGGUGGCGGGCAUGGCGUAUCAGGGUCACAAAAGAGAACGUGGGCGCCUGGCCGAUGCACUGUCACGUCUUGCCACAUAUGAUUAUGCGCAUGCAAACGGUAUGGGUCUUUGGUGAUGCCAGUGAAGUCACGGCUAGUCUGCACAAGAUUCCGCAGUCGUAUCUUCAAGGCUAUCUCGAGCCUGGUGGCAGCGCCUAUGGCAAGGACGACGGUAAACGCCGUCUGAAACCAAAGGCAAUUGCCUUCUUCGAUUAA